AUGGCCUCUGUCAACCCUGUCAAUCCCAAACCCUUUUUGCAAGAGCUCACUGGGAAGCCCGUAUACGUACGACUAAAAUGGGGGCUUGAAUACAAAGGGUUCCUUGUUAGCACUGAUGGGUACAUGAAUCUCCAGCUUGCAAACACGGAAGAAUAUCAGGAUGGAAAGUCAAAUGGUGCUCUGGGCGAAGUCUUCAUCCGGGAGGCUCCUUCAGAAUCGGCAGAUUAG